CCCAGGCACCGUUCUAUUGGUACGGCUGCAGAUUGUUUCCAGGUCUGUGGUCAGGAAUCUGGCACAUCCCCCUCUUCUGAUUCGAGCCACACUACCUUCCCCUCGACGUUCUAUACUUUACCUACAGUAUCGCUCCUUGAGACAUCGCCCUAGCGUCCACGGAGCUAGACACCGGCAAUCGCUGACUACUGUACUAUGUUCCAAGGGAGUGACGACGUUCUCCUGACGCCGCAAUCCGAGGACAGCUGCAGCGACGGAACCACAACGGGCAACAUGGAUGAGACUGCUCAUGAAGAACAGCAUCACCGUCUCUGCAAGGUAUUCGAAGAGCGCCGUGCGGCACUCAUCGCUUCCUUGGAAGCGUUGGAUAUGUCCGCGACUCGUGCGAAUGAGCCAAGAGAUCUUGUCAAGAGCAACAUUCACGUCCUGGCCUCGGAAACCAUCGACACUUUGAAGAAGAAGUUCCCACCUCCAUCACUUACCUCAAUGGAAGUCGUUGACGCGGCGACUGGCAUCAACGCUACGGCUAAUCGGGAAAUCGCUGAGUCUCCGGUCAAGCUGCCUGGUGCAGAGGAGCCCGCCUUCGACCCAGCACCGGCCUUCAAUCUCGAGCUGCUCAGCUCCUUCGACGGCAACAAAGACGAGUAUGGCACCUGGGAAGCCAAGACAGAAAUCGUGAUGAAUGCCUACGCGGACCCUGCUUGGCAAGCCGCCGUUCUGACCGCUCUCCCCUGCAAACUCAAAGGCGAUGCUGCCUCCUGGCUCGUGGUCCGCUGGAAGGCUCUUCAGAAGAAGUCUGCCUCAAGUCUCCAUCAUCCUAGCUGGGAGACGGUUCGGGAUGAUAUGCGACGAUACUUCCGACGUCCGGAAGAAGAAGCCGAAGAACUCGCAGAUGGUAUCGAGUGGGACCUCGAGAAGCAUAGCGCAACGACCUAUCUCACGACCAAGCUAGCAGGAUACUAUUCCAUGCAUGAAUGUCCCAGUGAGGAGCGUCUAAUUGCGAAACUCCGAGCGGGUAUGCCAGAAGAUCUGCAGCGAUACGUCCCUACCAGCAUAAAGAAGUUCGAUGAGGUUUUUGAUCUCUUGAUAGGUCAGGAGCCAAUUUGGCGUCGAACAAGCGGUGACGGUCAAGAGGACUAGGCUUGCACGACUGGCACCCAUUCUCAGCAGCGUCGCUGACAGCUGUCCAGUCUCCUCAAAUGACUCGACGAAAGAGGGUCCCGUAGGAUCAAGGGCCCACGCGAUGCGUCACACCCCACUCGUGUCAGUGCCAUAUCGUCACUUCGUUUUCCCGUUUGAAACAGCCAUCCAG